AUGUCGGGCGGGGUAGAUUCCUCCGUAUCUGCUAUGCUGCUCGCAAAGGAGGACUACGACUUAUCCGCCGUCUACAUGCGAAAUUGGGAUACAAGAGACGAAUCUGGAACGGACAAGGGUUGCGAAUGGGAGAAGGACUGGGAGGAUGUCCAACGCGUCUGCAAGAAGCUAGAUAUACCGUGCGAGCUGAUUGACCUCUCGCGAGAAUACUGGAAUCGUGUCUUCGAACCUUCAUUACGGCAAUGGGAGCAGGGAGUCAGUCCGAACCCCGACGUUUGGUGCAACAAGGAGAUCAAAUUCGGUGCUUUGCUAGACAGCCUACCGCUGAAACGGCGCGAAAAUGCGUGGUUUGCCACAGGCCAUUACGCGUCAAAAUCUUGGUCAGAGUCACCAAACCCGCGGCCGAAGCUGCUUCGCCCUGUGGAUCGGAAUAAGGAUCAAACCUACUUCCUUUCUGCUAUCUCAGAGUCUGGUCUGAGGAAAGCUCUCUUCCCUCUCGAACGUCUCACGAAGCCUGAAGUGAGAGAGCUUGCAAAACAGCAUGAGUUUUCCACAGCGGAGCGCCCUGACAGUGUCGGGAUCUGCUUUGUGGGUGAGAAGACAAGAUUUAACCAAUUCCUUUCUUCGUAUAUCCCUCCAAAUCCUGGGCCAAUUGUCAACAAGCUGACCGGCAAGGUUAUUGGGGAACACUCCGGGCUCUGGAAUUUUACAAUUGGUCAAAAUGCCCGCAUUCCUGGUAUGCCAGAGAGAAUGUUCGUCGCCUCGAAGGAUACAUCGACAAACACGAUAUAUCUUGUCCCUGGAAGCACCCACGAAUCUUUGUUUAGUCGCGUUCUUCACGUACCCGAAUUUGCUUGGAUAUGGCGUGACUCUCCGCCUCGAGCGAUAGAGCAGCCAGAAGGCUCUCGCUUGUCUCUCAUGCAUCGAUAUCGUAUGGAUCAUGUUCCAUGCACAGUCAGCAAGGAGAACAAUGUUUUGGCGAUCAGGUGCGACCACCAGCAGCAUGCUAUUACUCCUGGACAGGUUGCAGCCUUGUGGGAUGGCGACUGGUGCCUUGGGUCUGGAGUUAUCAGCGAGACUUCAUGA